UAAUUUCUUCUUAAAAUGGUUGUGUUCCAACUGAGGACUUCGUUCUCAGACAAAGAUGAGGCCAAAGACCAAAAAGAAAGGACACCACAAACUAACAAAAUUGGUCCAUCAAGACUUGCAACAUAUAUUGGUGAAAGACCUUAUGUCGAUCUAACUGUGCAGGGAUUUGACCCAAACCAAGCAGAAGUAGGUGACAAAAUUCCAGAGAACACCAUGUUCACAUUUUAUCCUCAAAAAGAAAUGCGAUUAGCAGGCACCGACCUUGCAGUAGCUGCGUACAUUUUUGGAAUGGUAAAAGACAAAAGAGAAAUCUUGGUCUCGGACCUACAUUGCUACGGUGAUAAGGAAGCAUUCCAAACUCUGGUCCCUGGCCGAAGAUUUGUAGACGAUAUUAUAAUCCUUGUUGCAACGAUGCUUACCUACAAUUCUGGUCGCCUAAUAUGGUAUUUGCCUCCAACGUUUGCGCAAUUUGCUUGUGGCCGUGGACAUUUCCAUGGUGUAACAGCCAAAUGGAUUAGGGAUAAAUACAUGGCUAAGAUAGAUGAGGUGUUGAAGAUAUAUGUGCCUAUUUGGCAUGACAACCAUUGGUCUUUACUGAUCAUUGACAUGUUGGCAAAGUAGCUCCUGUACUUGGACUCCGCACGUUCGGCUAAGCAAAGAGAUUCACAUGUCCUGCAGACUAACAAAGUGGUAAAUUACUUAUUGUACUAGUGCAUGGAUAGAGAUUACCGGUCAGACUUUCAGUCUUGUUCUAAACUUGUAUUAUUUACAGGCCUUGUUCUUGGAAGAGAUAGUCUUAGAUGAGUCUUGGUAUGCUUGUAAAAGGCAUGAAAGGCCAACCAUCUCUGAAUUUAAGCUAGUGGAACCCGAGCUCAAUCAGCAAGAAGUUGGAACGUAAGCUUUUUUUUUAUCUUCCUAGUACAAAAUAACAAUCUUGUAUAAUACUAGAUAGUGUUUGUCUUACUCUUACGUAUUGGAAUCACUAUUUACAUUGACUAAACAGAAAUGAUUGUGGAGUGUGGGUCUGUCAAUGGAUGAUUUUAUCUCGAUUGUGGGGGUCUCACAAUGUAGAGGUACAUUGUCUUGUAUAACUAUGCAGAAGGUUACUGAGUACACUAGAAUGAAGUUGGCGAUUGACUUGGUGCUAAAAUCGCAUAAUGAAAUCUGUCAAGAUAUUAUCAAUAAGGCAAUGAAAAAUUGGAGGAGACUCUCCCAAGUUUAGGAGCCUUUGCUGUCGGAAGAACUCCUACCUUAGAGCCUUUAAAUUUUGCACAGAUCCAUGUUGAAGUGAUGAUAGCAACACAUAUUUUGUUGGGUAUUUUUGUUAUGCACAACUAAAACCUCAAGACUAAUAUAAUUAGAACUUAAAAUUCAUUA